AUGGCUUCAGUUUCUUCAAGCCCCCGGACUGUAGAGGAGAUCUUCAAAGAUUACAGCGCUCGUCGUGGGGGAAUUAUUCGUGCUUUAACUUGCGAUGUGGAUGAAUUUUACCGUCUCUGUGAUCCAGAAAAGGAGAACUUGUGUCUGUAUGGAUAUUCAAAUGAAACUUGGGAAGUAAACCUACCAGCUGAAGAAGUCCCACCUGAGCUACCAGAGCCAGCACUUGGGAUCAAUUUUGCUAGGGAUGGAAUGACCCGCAAAGAUUGGCUUUCACUAAUUUCCGUGCACAGUGAUUGCUGGUUGCUCUCCGUGGCUUUCUAUCUUGGAGCCCGGCUCAACCGAAAUGAAAGGAAACGCCUGUUCAGCUUGAUCAAUGAUCUGCCCACAGUCUUUGAAGUUGUGACUGAAAGGAAGCCAGUAAAAGACAAGGCAACCGCAGAUAGCGGAAGCAGAUCCAGAGGCAACAAGAAGCGAUCUAGUGAUGGUCAGAUGAAGAGCAACCCCAAACUGGCAGAUGAAAGCUAUGAGGAGGAGGACGAUGAACAUAGCGAAACACUAUGUGGAAGCUGUGGUGGAAAUUACGAUGCAGACGAGUUCUGGAUUGGCUGUGACAUUUGUGAACAGUGGUUUCAUGGCAAAUGUGUGAAGAUAACUCCUGCUAAAGCCGAGAAUAUAAAGCAAUACAAAUUGUUGUUUUUAUCUGAAUAUAUUCUUUUUAAGUGGAGCACUAUUUCUCAUUCCUUGCCUGACAGGUUUGCAAGGUCACCUGGUUGCAACAUGGGCUCCAGUCGGUCGACUGGCGCGUUGAAAGAGCGGUUAAAAUGGACGAACGAAUUGCAUGAAUUGUUCGAGAAAGCAGUUAAUCAGAUCGGUGGACCAGAUAGGGCUACACCAAAAGGAAUUCUGAAAGCAAUGGCAAUUCCUGGACUAACUAUAUAUCAUGUGAAAAGCCACUUACAGAAAUACAGGAUGUCAAUAUUUACUCCAGAAGGUGGUCACAAAGACAAAAUUGAACGAAGAAAUAUAUCAGAAGAAUUGUCAGAUUUCAGCAUGAAAUCAGCUGCUCAGCUAAAUGAAGCACUAAAAAUGCAAAUGGAAGCACAUAGACGAUGGAACGAUCAAAUUGAGAUUCAAAAGAGCUUGAAAAUGAAGAUUGAAGCACAAAGAAGAUUUAUGGACCUUAUUUUCGAGGAAUACAAGAACGGGGUACCUAGUACUAAGCCAAACAAGCCUCAUUCUUCUCCUGUACUAUCACUGCCUUCUCUAAGUGAAGAAUCUGAUCAAUCAAAUGAAAAGGAAUUUGAGUCUGAUUAUGAAGUUGAAACAAAGGGAUUCCAAGACGAAUUUCGAGCAACAAAAAUGUUCAAAGUCCAUGAAGAAAUUCUACCAAAUUUUAAUGUGUUUCCUCUUGAAGGAAAUCCAUUUGCAGCAAAUGAUGAAAUAGGGUUUUGUCCAUGGAGUGUUGGCACCUUGCAGUCCCCAUUGCUGCCAUUUUCUUUAUACAACCCUCUCAAUUAG